UCCAUCGUCAGAAGUCUUUCGGAGCCCUGGGACAGUCCACGGGACCCAUAAACUGGCUUCCUUAGCUUGUUUCCCGAAUCUUCUUGGAUUCUUCCUUUCCUUCCAAUGCUUGUCCUUGCCUCGAAUCUGAGGAAAACGUAAUUCCCACCACAGCCUCGAACUAUCAACAGCUUUUCGCGCCCCAACUGCCACGAAGCGCUCAGCCAAUCAGGAAACACAACCGCUUCUCGCCUUCCCUGCCCCUCCUCCAGGGCGGAGAGACCCUGUCUCUACCCAGGAAACGCCACGCGGACUACAACUCCCAGAGUCCCUUGCGGCGGUCAGACUACUAUUCCCGGCGAGUUCCGGGCUGGGCGGCUUAGGGCGGAGCAGCAACAUGGCGGCCUCCGGAGCUGGUGACCCUCUGAAUGCUAAGGAUGGAAAUGCCCCGUUCGCUCAGCGCAUCGACCCAUCGCGGGACAAAUUGACCCCCGCGCAAGUGCAGUUUAUGCGGCAGGUGCAACUUUCCCAGUGGCAGAAAACACUGCCACAGCGGCGGACCCGGAACAUCGUGACCGGCCUGGGCAUCGGGGCCCUGGUAUUAGCUAUUUACGGUUACACCUUCUAUUCAGUGGCUCAGGAACGUUUCCUUGAUGAGCUGGAAGAUGAAGCCAAAGCAGCCCGAGCCCGAGCUCUUGAGAGGGAAAAAGCGGCAGGACCCUAACUGUACGGACCAUCUUCAAACUGCUGGAGCCCCUGCACAUGUUAUGUGACGCCUGGGUGAGCUCACAGCAUCGCUGGUGUACUAACUUCGGACGAUGGUUGAGCCCAAGAAGCCAGAGACUGUGCAGUUGGCCACUGCCAAAGGGGGCUUGCUCAUUUUACAGGCAGUUUGUACAGUUACUCAGCCUUCUUAUUUCCUUGUUUGAGAGGUAUGCGACCUUGCCUUUCCCCAAACUUUGUGGUUUACCCCUUCACCUCCCAGGGGCCCAACUGUUAAGGGGGAGGGUGUGGCGUAUCUGCAGAGUUGGAACCUAAAGUGGGAAAGAUAGGGUCAAAUUAAGAGUAAUAAAAUGAGUCAUCUCUCCUGAA